CAAGCAAUUUGCGACCGCUCACAUCACACCGAACACUUGCCAGGCCCUGAACCUUCUUCUUUUCCCUCCUGUGAUUUCUUUCACUUUCAAUCCCAGCACCAACACAAAUAAUCAACACUCAAGAAAGACCUCAAGGACUCAGUAUCAGAUAAAGGGAGGUAGCAGGCGACAGACAACGCAACUAACGCAACGAUCAGAUCAGAUCAUGGCCGAGGAGGAGGCCAAGGUACCCGCCAAAACGGAAGGGCCCAUGAUGGAAGAGUCCAAAGUGGAGCCUGAAGCAACUGUUGCUUCGGGGGGCGAAGAAACCGAACCAAAAAAGGCAGCCGAAGAGGCCACCGAGACGGAGGCAGUGGAAGGAACAACUGAAAAAGAAGAAGAACCCAAGGCAGUUGCCAAAGAAGGGGAAGAACCCAAGAAAGAGGAAGCCGCUACCCAAGUCCCACAGGCUUCCGCUGCUGCGUCUGGAGCGACCACUUCUUCCUCUGAUGAUGAUGAUGCAUCCCCUCCCGCCUCGGAAAAGAGUGACACGGCUGGUGGCGGCAACAACCAGUUCUAUGCCCUCUUCCAGUCCAUUCAAAAGAACAUUGAAGCCUUGAACGAUUCUACCAAACAGAUUGAAAAGGUCAAUGAUCGCCUCCUCUUUCAUUCCUCCACCAUUUCAAAGGAAGAAGAAUCCUCACUCAUCCAAAAGGUGUCGGACAUUGUCCAGGCCACCAACAUCAAGGCCCGAGAUUCCAGUCGAUUGAUUGAACAGUUGCGUGUCGAAACGGCCAAGCCAACCAAUAUGGGUGGUGGUGUCAUCAAAGAGGAGAGCGAAAAGAGCGAAGAAGAAAAGGCCGAGGAAUCGAAAGAUGUGGGUGACAAGGAAAACAUUUGCAAGACGGUAACCCGUUCCUUUACCGAUGAAUUGCUCUUGUACCAAAGUGCCCUUCAGGACUUCAAGAACGAGCUCAAAGAGCGCUUGACCAAAAAGAUUCAGUCCAUUCGGAAGGGUGCUUCUGAAGACUUUGUCGAUAUGUCGUUGCGGUCCGAAUCCAGUAGGUAUGCUCUCUUUCGAGAUAUCAUGGCCAUGGAUGAAAAGGAUCUGAGCGAAGAGGCGGCCAAAGAUUUGAAGGAUGACAUUGCUGAAAAGUAUGUCGUGAUUGCGGAGUUGUCCAAUGCUUCGUCGGACAUGAACAAGAUCUUCUUGUCGUUGGCAUCGAUGGCUACCAAACCACCCUCGGAAACCAGUGAUAGUGACGAAGAACCCGUUGCUCGUGGUGGUGCGACGCGCAAAAAAGGACGUUUCGGUCGUGGUAACAGCAAACGUGGUUCCCUCAUUGAUAGCUUGCUGGGAAGUCGCACGAGAACGGCUGCUGCGGAAGGGACAUCUAGCAGUGCUGGCAAUGCGAGCUCUGGUACAGAGCCAAGUGCAGAAAGCGCAGCAGCCGAAGAAGAGUUCAAAAAGAGGAAUCGUCUCUUUGCCUUUAUGCAAAAGCACCGCAAGGCCAGCACGGACGGAGCCAAGAAAAUGCGCUUCACCGUCAGUGACAGCGACAGGCCACGGAAGCGUCGUGGUACUCGACUUAGUCGUUGGAUGACGUUGUUUCUCCUGGCAACAGUUGGAUUGGCGGCCAUUGUGGGACUCGUCAUGUUGCAUUAGACUGCAACAACGGAAAAACCAAAAGAGAAAGACUUACUUAGUAGUAUUGCGAAUGAAAAACAACAAGAACAUGAAGUUUGCAUGUAAUGGAGACGAGAAAAGGUGAUCUGUGGAGGUACGGUACCGGUGGAUGUUCUGGUGCCACAAGAUCUAUCUCAUAAGGAUUUAUAAUGAAUGAUCGACAAUGACAUCACAAGGGACUCGACUCAUGCUGCAAUGAAAGCGCGCA